CCCCAAUCUCACCUCAGCAGCAGCAGUCGGUAUCUAACGACUAGAUGCUGAGAAACCUUAACCUGCACUUUCUCUCACACAGAAAUGCAUCGGUUUCUGUGCUUGCUGGCAGUGGGUCUCACCCUUUGCUUGCACUUUCAGGCUGCAGAACCUCGUUUGAGUAAAAGAUUCAUAGAAAAAUGUGCAAACCAAGCCAAAGCCAACGUGGAUGAAGCCUACACAUACUCCCGCCGAGAGAGCGUUGACAGGGUCAAGAGAAACUCAGCAAGUUUUGCAGCUAUCAGGAAUCUGGGGUAUCAGCCAAACGGAAAAUCCAGACAGGCGGUGCGCGCUGCAGACUACAUGGUCAACACUCUGGACGUGAUUAACCGCUACCUGUCCAAACGUCACAGACGCUCCAUCAACGCCACAGAUCUGAUCUCUACUGAGGAUCUGGAAGUGAUCGCCAGGCUGACAGGCUGUGCUGCACAACUCGAAAAUAUUUCUUGUGAAAGUGUUCCCAAUCUGAACAAGUUUCGUACUGCAAACAGCGUCUGCAACAACAUUGAAAACCCUCGCUGGGGUGCCUCCAACAUCCCGUUCCUCCGCUGGCUGCCUGCUGAGUAUGAAGAUGGCAUCAGUACUCCUAAAGGCUGGACUCAUGACUUGAGAGUCAACAAUCACCUUCUUCCCUUGGUGAGAGAAGUGUCCAACCGUAUCUUGGCAACAGCUAACUCUGAUGUGGAGACUGACCCCCUCUACACCCACCUGGUGACAAUCUUUGGCCAGUGGACUGACCACGACAUCACUUUCACCCCUCACUCUCCCUCCAUCAGGUCAUUUAAUGAUGGCAUUGAUUGUGAAAACACCUGCAGCAACACAGAGCCAUGCUUCCCCAUAGAGGCUCUGGGACUUUGA